AAUUAACAAUUUUUAUCAUAUUUUCUAUAUCCUAAUGUUAAUAUUUUAAUUUGUUAUGUUUGCACAGCUGACUUUAGAUUUCAGCCAUUUUUCUUUUCAUUUGGCAAGUGAAGUGUUAAUCUGUGAGAAAGAUGUUGUCACGAUUAGCUUUUCGCAAUGCCAAAAUAUUGCCCGCUAUGGCUCAAAGGGCCCAGGGUACAACGACCACCACAUUCGAUCGUCCUACCCGUCUUGUAGAUACAUCACCAACUCGUCUUGGAAUUAUUCCUGAAGAAUGGUUUACAUUUUUCUAUCCAAAAACCGGAGUCACAGGAGGGUACAUGUUUGGCCUUGGCGUAGGAACCUAUUUAAUUUCGAAAGAAAUUUACAUUAUGGAACACGAAUAUUACGCGGGAUUAUCUUUGUUCAUAGUUUUGUGCGGAGGUUACUACAAAUUUUAUAAUCAAAUUCACGGUGCUAUUGAGAAAAGGCAGAAUGCACAAGAGCAGCAAUUUAAAUCAAUAACUGAAAAUGAUUUAAAAACAAUGACUGAUUCAAUUAAAGAUGCAGAAAAACAAAAAUGGAUAACUGGUGUUCAGUCAAUGAUUAUGGAAGCGAAAAAAGAGAAUGUAGCAAUGCAAUUGGAAGCUGCCUACAGAGAGCGAGUUGCUCAAGUUUACAGCGAGGUGAAGAAACGAUUAGACUAUCAAUUACAAUUAGCCACCGUCGAACGUAAAAUUGCACAGAAACAUAUGGUACAAUGGAUCAUUAAUAACGUCAUGAAAGCUGUAACACCUGAUUUAGAAAAAUCUACAUUACAGCAAUGCAUAACAGAUCUUCAAGCUCUCGCCCCCAAGGCUUGAGAGAUUUAUUAAAAUUUAGAAUCUAUAGACUUUUUAAAUAAACGUCAUCAACAUACAAAUAUCUACGAAUUUAAAAACUGUAUAUUUUUCUUUUCAUUGUCGCAAAUUGAACUCAACGCUGCGAUUUGCAAACAUUUCCAAUAAAAUUCUGUUAUUCUAAAA